AUGGCUUCUCUCCGACCCCGUACCCUCCCUCUCUCUGUCCGAGCCCUCCGCUCAACCCUCCGCUCAUCAAGGCCCUCACCAAACUACCUCUUCUCCGCACCCGCAUCCACCCCAUCAACCCAAACACACCCGGCUCGCGCGCACUCAACAUCCUCCGUCUCCGCCGAUGAACUCUCCCACUUCUCCAGCCUCGCCAGCUCUUGGUGGGACCCAAUGGGCCACUCCCGAAUCCUGCACCUAAUGAACCCCCUCCGCCACGAAUUCAUCGCCUCCUGCCUAGCAGAAGGCACCCCAUCACCAAACCCAACCUCCACCGCCGCAACCCUCAACUACCUCGACGUAGGCUGCGGCGGCGGCAUCUUCGCCGAGUCCCUUGCACGCACAAUCCCCCUCGACCCAACCGGCCCAGCCCCAACCCCAACCCUCGCCGCCUCAAUGACCGCAAUCGACCCCUCAACAGACCUAAUCCAAAUGGCGCGCGAGCACGCGCGCAUGGAUCCAACCGUCGACACGCACCUGCGCACAGGCCGUUUCAAGUAUCUUAACACGACACUGGAAGAUGUACUUGCCGGCAACGCUGGCGCUCCGACUCCCGCUUCAACCCCAACGAAUUCCAGCUCUACCUCAACUCAACUCACUCCCCCGCAAUACGACAUUGUGACCCUCUUCGAAGUCCUCGAACACAUCGACCCCAAAACCUCAACACCGCUAAGCUUCCUGACGAACUGUCUGCGGGCACUCAAGCCCGGCGGUUGGUUAAUUGGGUCUACUAUUUCGCGGACGCUGCCGUCAUUCAUCCUGAACCAGGUUAUUGCCGAAGCGCCGUGGCCGAUUGGUGUUGUGCCGCGUGGGACGCAUGAGUGGAGUAAGUUUGUUAACCCGGAUGAGGUUAAGGGGUGGUUGCAGGAGGGGUUGAUGAGGGCUGCUGAUACGGGGGUUUCGAGAGGUGGGGGUGCGAUUGCGGAGGGAAUGAGGUGGAAGUGUGUGGGUGCUAUUUAUAUCCCUGGAAUUGGGUGGAAGAUGGUGCCUGGGAGUGAGGAUUGGGGGAAUUAUUUCUGGGCUGUUAGGAAGGAGAUCUAG